CAACGACCGAACCCAUGUAAGUCCAAAAGAUUUAUAAACGACUCAAUCGGAAAAAACCUCUCAACUUCUCACACCUCAACACGAACGAAACCCUCCAGGAAGCUUCAAAUCAUAGUUUGAAGCCAUGGCUUUGGUCAAGAGAGCUGUGGUAUUGCUGUUGAUGAUGGCAUUGUUUCAGGUGAUGGAUGCAGCUGUAUACAAGGUUGGGGAUUCAGCUGGUUGGACCAUCAUUGGUAAUGUUGACUACAAACAGUGGGCUGCUACUAAGACCUUUCAAGUUGGUGACACUAUAGUUUUUGAGUAUAAUUCUCAAUUUCACAACGUUAUGAGAGUAACACACGCCAUGUACAAGUCAUGCAACGCCUCAGCCCCUUUGGCCACCUUUACCACAGGCAAUGAUUCAAUCACCAUAAAAACUCGUGGCCACCACUUCUUUUUCUGCGGUGUCCCUGGCCAUUGCCAUGCUGGGCAGAAGGUUGACAUUAAUGUGCCUCGCAAUGAAGAAGAUAAGGCUCCAACUCCUGCUGCUUCCACUUCUACUUCUACGCUCUCUCCUCCAGUUCCUUCAGCCAAAGUACCGGGCCCUUCCCCCAGUAAUGCUAUUUCAUUCAAGCCUUAUGGUAAUCUUGCUUUCGCAGUUGCUGUUUUGGGAACUUUUCUGUUCAAUUUUGUUUAACUAGGAGAGUGUUUCGGGAAACUUUAUUGGUUGGGGGGGUGGGUGGGGGUUGGGCGG